AUGGGUCGCAGAAAGAUCGAGAUCAAGGCCAUCAAGGACGACCGGAACCGCUCCGUAACCUUCCUCAAGCGCAAAGGCGGUCUCUUCAAGAAGGCGCACGAGCUCUCUGUGCUUUGCUCGGUAGACGUCGCCGUCAUCAUCUUCGGCCACAACAAGAAGCUCUAUGAAUUCUCUUCCGGCGACAUCAACGAGACCAUUGGCCGGUACCAAUACUAUGGCGGAGCACACGAGCACAAGGGCCCGGAGGACUUUAUGGGCAAGAAAGAUGGCGACGACGACGACGACGAUGAAGAGGGCGCUCUUCCCCGAGACUCGCACACCCCGCCCGAGCACUCGAUGAUGCCCCAUCACAUGCAGCACCCGCAGUUCCAGCACAUGAGACAGGGAGCGCCAUCAAUGUCUCCGCCAAUCGGCAACGGCGUCCCCUUUCAACAGCGAGGUCCCUCUCCCCAGCCUCCUCACCACCUAUCGCGACCCAACUCGAGAGUAGGCCACAUUCGCAGACCGAGCUCGAACCUCGCGCCGCCCCAGCCAUACCCUUCGCAAGCCCCUCCACCACCCAAUAGCUAUGCCUACAUGCCGAACCCGCCUUUCUACAAUCCGCAAACUGCCCAGCAAAUGGCCCCCAAGCCUCAGCCUACUCCACCCGCCGCACAGUACCAAUUUACACAUCCCAUGCCUACGCAUCCUCAAGUGCAGUACAUGCAACAAGAGCAGCAACGUCGGCAGUCAAUGCCGCCUACUUUCCAGCAACAGCAGCAACAGCAGCAGCAGCAGCACCAUCUUCAGCAGCAAGUGCAACACCAGCAUCAACAAGAACAGCAAGCGCAAGCACAGGCACAGGCACAAGUGCAACAACAGCAGCAGCAGCAGCAGCAGCAGCAACAACAACAACAACAGCAGCAACAGCGACUGUCCCCGCCCCCUCCACCUCCGCAAGCCUCUCAACCGCAGCAAGAACUCCCGCAACAGCCUACGAUUACUGUCCCGUCCCCCACGCAACAGAACGAUUUUCAGAGUCCCCCUCUCCCCCAGCCGAAGCCACUACACGCGUCCGCCAGACACAGCAUCUUCACACCAAUCGACGACAGCCAGUCCAUGCUCGCUGCGCAUUGGGGUAGCAGUAGCAAUUCAAACCUGUCUCGCAGCGAAGCGCCAUAUAUCAAGCAAGAGAACCGUGCUCAAUCAAUUGAUGUAGCCGCCAUGUCACGACUGCAGCCGAAUGGGGAACCAAAACCUCAAGCACAGCCUUCACAGCUACCUGUUCAGCAACCACCGCAGCGAACGCAGUCUACAUCCUCAAUGCCCACGAUCCCUCCUCCGUCACGAACAAACAGUCUGCGCAUGGGUGGUGAAAGCAAGCCAAGAUUGAGGGUGCAGAUCCCGAGCGAACACUCAGAUGCUGGAAGUGCCACGGCCGACUCGUCUCCAAAGGACUCUGGCACAACUGGCGCGACCCCAGGACGAAGCACUGAUGCGUCGCACUCCUCUGGCGUAGUCCUGCCUCCUCCGUCACCAAGCGCGAACUCGCUUCUCAGUGCAGGUGCAACUGGCCCGCCCAACCCCUUUGCUCGUCCGCCGCCGCCAUCUAACAGUAACUCAUACGGUAGCCGCAACGACAUGGAGACGCCAAUCUCAGCACUUCCCAGCCGCUUUGUGGAGAAUGGCCUCCUUCCCUCGCCCUCGAGCUUUUACCCCGAGUGGGGUUUUGGUCGCGACUCCAACAUGCUGCCGAGUCCUUUGACUUUCCAGACACCCGUAGCCCCGAAUGGACCCAGCUUCGCCCGUGACGAUUCGGCGGAGCGCAAGCGCAAGACGUCUGAUCAGGGCUCGGAUGACGGCAACCAAAAGCGGGCCAAAACCUGA